AUGGGUGACCAGCCUCUGGCAACUUUGUGUCCAUCUUUUCACAAUGAUAUGUCUCAUGUUCAUAAAUUUUAUAAUGGCGAUGUUUGGGAUAUUGAGAAACUGAAUUCCUGUUUGCCUACGAGUUUAGUUGAUGAGAUACUGCAGAUCCCUUUUGAUAGAUCACAGGAGGAUGUUGCUUAUUGGGCUCUAACUUCUAAUGGUGAAUUCUCAUUUUGGAGUGCUUGGGAGGCAAUUAGGCAAAGGCAAACCCCAAAUGCUUUGUUUUCCUUUAUUUGGCACAGGAGUAUUCCUUUAUCUAUCUCCUUUUUCUUAUGGAGAGUGUUGAAUAAUUGGAUUCCGGUUGAGCUUCGGAUGAAGGACAAAGGUAUACAUUUGGCUUCUAAAUGUGUGUGUUGCAGAUCUGAGGAAUCUUUAAUUCAUGUCCUAUGGGAGAAUCCGGUUGCGAAACAGGUUUGGUUUUUCUUUGCAAAAAGUUUUCAAAUCUAUGUCUCAAAACCUAAUCAUAUUUCUCAAAUCAUAUGGGCAUGGUUUUUUUCUGGAGAUUAUACUAGAAAUGGGCACAUCCGCAUUUUAAUUCCACUUUUCAUCUGCUGGUUUUUAUGGCUUGAAAGGAAUGAUGCAAAACACAGACACAUGGGAAUGUAUCCAGAUAGAGUGAUUUGGCGCAUUAUGAAACUGUUAAACCAGUUAUAUGCAGGUUCUCUAUUAAAACGAUGGCAGUGGAAGGGUGACACUGAUAUAGCUACUAUGUGGGGUUUCAAAUUUCCACCAAAAUAUUAUACAUCUCCCCAAAUUAUUUAUUGGAUUAAGCCCUCUAUCGGCGAGUACAAGUUAAAUGUAUAUGGCAGUUCCGAGAGCAACCAAAACGCAGCAGGUGGUGGGGUCCUCCGCGAUCAUACAGGUAGACUUGCAUUCGUUUUUUCCGAAAAUCUUGGACCUCGUUCUUCUUUGCACGCGGAGCUUCAUGCUUUACUUCGAGGAUUACUUUUAUGCAAAGAACGGAAUAUCACCAAUCUGUGGAUAGAAAUGGAUGCACUGGUAGCGGUUCAGAUGAUUCAGCACUCUCAAAAAGGAUCCCACGACUUAAGGUAUUUGCUGGAAUCUAUUAGAAUGUGUCUGCGUAAUUUCUCUUACAGAAUUUCCCACAUCUAUCGGGAAGGCAACCAAGCAGCGGAUUUCCUAUCAAAAAAAGGACAAUCACAUCAGAGUCUUUGUGUUACUUCUGAAGCUCAAGGUGAAUUAAUUGGAAUCCUUAAAUUAGAUAGACUGAAUUUACCUUAUGUUCGAUUUAGAUAA